UCUGAAGAUGAUCUGUUGGUGUUGUUAGCAGCGGUAGAAUGGGGACCAAAUGCAUACGUGCUGAGUAACGAUAGAUUCAGUGCGCAUGUUGAAAGGGCUAACUGUACUGGUCGACUUUCUCUUGAAGAGUGGAUGCGUCGACGAAUGAUACGUUUUGAUAAACUUAACUGGCAGUAUGAUGCCCUUCCUGAAUACGGGGAAUUUGUUCAACAAGUCAAUUCAAACACAUACUUUGUGCCGAUUUCUGAUGAAGCCCCCGGCAUUCCUCUACGAUCUGCUCGGCUGGUGAUAUUGUGA